AUGACUGAGCAGACAUCAAGAAGUCUGAUAGAAUCAUCAAAUUUGGUCCCUAAAGAAGAAUUAAUAAAUCUUGUUGACACUUAUAUGGACAGAAAGUUCGAUGAAGAAAUUACCACAAUUGAAAAUCGUGGCGGAAUUGAAAAUUUCCAAGAAUUGUUGGACGUUGAUUUCCGCCAAGGUCUCAAUUCUAAUGGCAGAUUUGAAGGGAGAAUAGCUGCCUAUGGUACAAAUAAAAGAGAAGAAAAAAGACUUGAUACUUUUUGUGAACUUUGCUGGGAUGCACUUAAAGAUAAAAUACUUAGGAUUCUUUUAUUUAUGGGGGUACUUAGUCUAGUCAUUGGGGCUACAUUAGAAGAUCAUCCAGAAUAUGGCUGGAUUGAAGGGUUCGCAAUUCUGAUGGCUGUUUUUAUUGUGGUUAUGGUUACUUCUGUUAAUAAUUAUUUAAAGCAAAAAAAAUUUGCUGAGCUAAGAAGUUUUCAUAAAAAUAGGGCACUGAUCACAGUACUAAGGGAUGGAGAAUUCAAAUCUCUACACCCAAGCGAAAUAUUAGUAGGAGACAUAGUAAAACUAGUGCAAGGUGAAAUCAUUCCAGCUGAUGGGAUUCUUAUUAAAGCUGAACGUCUCCAAACAAAUGAGUCUUCGCUUACAGGAGAGAAUGACAAUGUCGAUAAAGAAGGUCAUGAAGAGUGCUUAAAAAGACUUAACGAGUUCCUCAGAAAAGGAACCCGAGCUGAAGGAGAUCAUGCCAAAAGAGAAAUCCCUUCACCUGUUGUAAUCUCAGGGACUAAUGUAGUCGAAGGAAGCGGAAUAAUGGUAGCCAUCGCUGUUGGAAUUUACUCAAAAGAAGGCAGAAUCACUGGCCUUGCUGAACAAGAUGACGAAAUGACUCCUUUAGAAAUCAAGCUUGAAAAUCUUGCAGAUAAAAUUUCAGGAUUAGGAUUGAUGGCAGGAGGCUUUGUAGUUUUGAUUUUAUGGCUGAGGUUCUUUAUCGAGCUGGGAACUGGAAAUAAUGAAUGGAGUACUGGAGAUAGCAUUAAUGACUUAAUUGAUGCAGUUAUUGUAGGAAUCACUGUUAUUGCUGUAGCUAUUCCAGAAGGUCUACCGUUGGCUGUUACUAUAUCUCUGGCUUAUUCAGUUAGAAAGAUGCAAAAAGACCAAAACUUAGUAAAAAGACUUCAUGCUUGCGAAACCAUGGGAGGAGCAGACUGCAUUUGUUCAGAUAAAACUGGAACUUUAACAAAAAAUUUAAUGGAGGUCCAAAGAUAUUCUGUUGAUGGAAAACUAAUUGACAGUACCAAGCUGAAAGAGAUCUUUGAAAAGCAUUCGGAUUACUUCGAUUUCUUAAAAGACGCAAUAUGUUUAACUACCUCCGCAAGGCUAGAAGAUGAUAAAGAAAUUGGUUCAAAAACUGAGCUCGCCAUGAUCAAGUUGCUUGUAAUGCUUGGAUAUAAUGAUUAUAUGAAAGUUAGGCAAAAUUUUAUUAAUGAUACUUUAGCAACCAACCCGUUUGCUUCGAAAAGAAAAAGAGGUAGCGCAAUUGUAAAAUAUGAUGAAAACUUGACAAGAAUAUAUGUGGUUGGAGCUUCUGAAUAUCUAGUAGAAUCUAGCAAAAGAAUUCUCUCUUUGGAUGCGACUUUAACAGAUGUUGAAGAAGAUAGAAGGUAUCAGUUAAAGAGAGAUAUUGAAACUAUGGCUGGGCAGGGCUUAAGAACACUAGGAAUUGCUUUUAAAGACUUAACUGAGGAUGAUAUGGAAAAAUUAAAGAAAGUCGACAAAAACGGAAUCCCAGUCUUAGAAAAGAAAGGACUAAACUUGAUUGGGAUUUUCGGAAUUUAUGACCCUCCAAGAAAUGAAGUGCCUGAUGCAAUCCAAGCUUGCAAAAAAGCUCAAAUAAAAGUCCGAAUGGUGACUGGCGAUAAUCCUAUAACUGCUUUAGCUAUUGCAAGAAGCAUCGGAAUUGCAGAUGAUAAUAGCAUAGCUAUGAUCGGAGAAGAUUUCAGAAAAGAAGUAGGAGGCGUCGUAUGUGAAGAAUGCAAGACUGAGCUUUGUGACUGUCCUAGAAAUUCCAAAAACGCUGGAGAUAAAAAAGUGAGAAAUGACGUGGUCGGGAAUUUCGAGAAUUUCAAAAAAAUCAUAGGACAUCUUGACGUUCUGGCAAGAUCUCAGCCAGAAGAUAAAUAUAACUAUUGUGCGCAAUUAGUUCAUAUAAGAGCCAUUUAAGCUUGAACUUAAUAUGGCUUCUAAAAACUUUUAGCUAUAGCAUUAUGAAGGUAAAUCAGUUUGCUAUUGAUAAACUUACUAAUCCUAAUGAAUAUUGUAUAUUUUCAAAAUGCAAAUCAGACAUAUAAACCCAAAAUUAUAAGGCAGCUUAUAUGAAUGCUCGAACUAUAUACACUUGUGACUGGACUUAAACAAAUGGGAAGCGUUGUUGCAGUUACAGGAGAUGGAACUAAUGAUGCACCUGCUCUUAAAAAGGCAAGCGUUGGGUUUGCAAUGGGAAUUGCAGGUACUGAGCUGGCUCAAGAAGUCGCUGAUAUUAUUUUACUUGAUGAUAAUUUUAGCUCAAUUGUAAAAGCUGUCAAAUGGGGAAGAAGCAUUUAUGAUAACAUCCAAAGGUUUAUUCAAUUCCAGCUUACUGUAAAUGUAGUAGCUGUAACUUGUGCAAUUGUUGGAGCUGUUACAAUUAAGCAGUCUCCUUUAACAGCAAUUCAGCUUCUUUGGGUUAAUCUCAUUAUGGACACUUUGGCAUCUCUUGCUCUUGCGACUGAGCCCCCAACAGAUGCUUUGUUAACUCUACCUUACUACUAAUAAGCAAUACAUGCACGUUGUUGAUUUUCAAUUUUAAAAUAAAAUAAAACAAAAUUCAAUAAAAUUUUAUUUAAUUUUGAAGAGCAGAUUUAAUAGAAAUUUUAUUAAAUAGUUAAAUAUAUUCAUUACGCUUGAUUAAAUAGCACUUAUAUAUUUGCUUCAAGCUUAUAUUAUUUGCAUUUUUUAAAUAAUUCCAAAUAUUAUUUUGUGUAGUUAUGCCCAAUAAGGAUUUUAUAAGGUGAUAUAAUUGGUUCCAUAAAAUCUUAACAAUCUUGGUAAUAAUAAUGGCUAAGGUUAACUAGAAAGCCUCACAAUAUGUCAGAUUUUAUUAUCACCGCAAGAAUGUUCAAGCACAUAUUCGGCCAAGCUAUCAUUCAAGUUGCUAUAUUAUUUGCUAUGAUGUAUGCUGGGGAAUAUUUCAUUCCUGAAUAUGGAUCAGGGAAAAGAAUUUUAUACAACCCAAGAAGUGGCGACUAUGUAAGAUCGGGGAGAGACUACUAUUUCAAUGGUGACAAAGAUUAUUAUGACUUGUACAACGACCCAGAUAUAGGUCCAAGCAGGAUGAUGACUUUUAUUUUUAAUGUUUUCGUCUUAUUCCAGCUUUUUAAUGAAAUAAACUCUAGAAAAUUGUUAGACGAGACUUGGAUUUUAUCAAAUAUUACGAAAAGCUGACUCUUUGUAUUCAUCUGGUUUGUUACUUUUGGAGUACAAGUUAUUAUGGUGCAAGUUGGAAGUUGGGCAAUGAACUGCCAUUUGGAUGGACUUACUGUUGAGCAAUGGUUCAUUAGUAUUGCAUGGGGAUUCGUACCUAUCGUGUGAAGAUGGGUAAUCGUUUUAAUUCCAUUUAACCAUGAAAUACAUGCUGAUGAUACAAAGCCUGCUACUCAUCUUGCAAGCAGCAUUCAUAAAGGAAGUCAAAGCCUUAUUCCCCCCGCCCGUUAUACAGGGUACAAAAAAAUUCUGUUCCUAUUUAAAAUGCUGAUUUUUUUAGAUAAUAUAUUUUUUUUACAUCAUAUAAUAUUUUGUACAAUUUAUCAAUUCAAAUAAAAAUUUCUAAUAAAUAGUUGGACUUUUAGAAAAUAAGAUAUCGAGGCUAUCGAUUUUGCAAAAAAAUAAAUAUCAACUAUUUACCUAUAAUUAAUAAGAAAUUCCUAGUAUUUUUCAAUUUAAAGUAUCGAAUUUCAAAAAAAAUAAUUUUAUUAUAUGUAUAAAGGGGAAUUAGCAUUAUUAAAAGUCAGCGUUAGCCAUAUUGAGUUCACCUGCUUUUCGACUCUAGUCCAGAGUUUCUAUCCCUUUUAUAAGUGUCCUGUCGGUAUCUUCUGUCUCCUCCUUGUUUUGAGGCUUCAAUCUUAAGUUGGUGGCUUAUGGAUUUCUGUGACCCUACUACGGGCGAUUGGAGUAGCUUGCUUCCAAGGAUCCUUGGAGUCUAUCGGAUGUCGAAGUGGUUUUCUUUGCAGCCACAGGAAUAAGACUGUUUCCCUGUGGCCUAGGCCGAAACCCCCUGCUUCUCGGUAGAGGAGUGCCAUGGGUCCUCGAAUCUAAAGGAAAGGUGCUGAGUGCCUCCAUUUCCAACCACAGGCAAGAAGCCAAAACCUACCUGAAUACACACCAACAUGAUUCUCAGCUCGGAAUACGCCGUAGCCAUAAGGUCCGGACGACUGCGUCAAGAGGGCAGCCUGACACGUGUCGCCAUUUUAAAUGCAUAUAUGUCUAAAGGGGGAGCUAAGCAUCAUAUAUCAAGCAAUUAUAAUCCUUAA